UAAUUUAUAAUGUUCAGGGUGUUUGCAUUGGUUUGCAAUAAGCAUUGAGUCUAACAACCUCUUUCAUUAAAUUUGUGUUAAUUAAUUUUUUUUAUUCACUAAAAAAAAAAUCAAUAUAAAAACAAACAAACAAAAGUUUUAUUGUCAUACUUGACAAUUUGUUAACAAUUAAAAAAAAAUAACAGUAAGUAAAAAAUAUAAAAAAAUAAUAAUAAAUAACCGAUAAAAAAUGGAUAAUCCAGAGGAAGUGUUACAAGCUCUCGACGAAUUUUCUAAAAUGCGACCGUCUGAAAUUCCACGUGAACUUGAAGAUUAUCUCUGUUUUGUUGCUAAAACUGGUGAUCCAGUCUAUCAAUGGUCAUUAAUAAAACCGUUAUUUCGUGAAAAAUUGGUACGUGUGAUGACUGAUUUUUAUGAAAAUUGUCCGGCACUUGAUUUGGCAUCAAGCCCAAAUAUUGAGCAUUUUAAUUACGAUAUUAUGAAAUGUAAUCUUCUUGAACUCCUGGAGUCAUUUGCAAGUGCACCAUUCACUGUACAAAGGAUAUGUGAAUUAUUGACAUCACCACGUAAAGAAUACAAUCGUGUUGAUAAAUUUAUGCGCGCUAUUGAAAAAAAUAUACUAGUUGUAUCAACGAAAGAACCUGGUCCAGCAGCAAGACGAAGUGAAAAUGGUGAGAGUAUGUUAAAUGGAUCCAUUGAUGAUGAUAAUAACAUGACACCAAACAAUCAAUCUUCACAAGAAGUCGAAAUGGAAUCAUGGGUUAAAGAUUGUACUACUCCUGAUGCUAAUUCAUCAUCACUUACAUCAUCGGACCACGAUCAAUCAUUAGUUGAAACUAUUUUGCCCUCAAAUAAAAUUUUGACUAAAGAUCUUAAUAAUUCGUCAUCAAUUGUUGAUGAUAAUUUAACAAUACAUGAUAAUAAUAAAGACCAAUCAUCAAGAUUAGAAAUGACUGUCUCCAGUUUUAUAUCUGCUGCUCAUGAUAUGUCUAAUACUCCAAUAACAUCAGCUGUUAAUGAUACUAUUGCUCCUGCUGCUACUAUUACUACUACUACUACUACUUCUACUACUACUUCUACUACUACUACUGCUACUACUAAUAAUAAUAAUAAUAAUCAGAAUAAUAAUAAUAUUUCAAAUGCCACAGAUCAAGUAUCAACAAUCGCGAAUGAUGUUCCCGAAGGAAUUAUAAAUGAAGACACCAGUUCACAGCCAAGUUUGGACUCCGAAAAUGAUGACUCGGAAUCAUCAAACAUAAAUAAAAAACUUCAAACAACAUUUCAAUCAAAAGAUUUUCCUGAUAAAAUAAGCGAUGAAAUUUCCGAUAAAUUUUAUACUGAUAAUGAUAAAAUAAUAAUUGAAUCAUCAAUUAAAAAUGAUGACUCAAGUAAAUGUAUUGAUGAUAAAUCAAACCCAGAUAUAAAAGAUUACGAUUCAAAAUCUGGUGAUGAAUCUAAAUCAUCUUAUGACAGUAAUUUAGAAUCAGGAUCACCAGAAAAACGUCCGCGUUUAGAUAAUGAUUCAAAUGAUGACCUGACAGAUAAUCGUAAUUUUUCAGUUGUCACAUCGCAAGAAAAAGUAGAGAGUAAUGAUAGUAAAAUUGUCAGUGAUACGACAAAGUGUGAAAAAUUUAAAGAUACAGAAAAUUUAAUAGAUAAAAAUUAUAAUGAAAAUGAAAAUGAAAAAGAAACAGAAUUAAAAUCAUCAGAUUUAAAUUCACAAGAAAUUCAAACCCAAUCGACAUUAUUUAUUACCGAGCAAUCGACAGAAUUUACAUCAAAUGAUUCGACAGAUAAUUCGGAAAAAUCAAGUGAAGAUGAUAAAAAUACACAGGAACGUACUGAUGAUCCGCAGCCAAUUAUUGAAGAGCCUCCAGUAGAAUCAUCAUCUUCGUCGUCAUCUUCCUCUUGUUCGUCAUCGUCAUCGCCCACCUCAUUGUCAAACGACUACACGCAAGAGAAUUUAAAGGCUGAUAAAAAAAGUAGUAGUGUUAUCAUCCAAGAAGCGAUGGAUGAUGACAGCAAAUUAUUUAAUAAUUCAUCAGUUAAUGAUCCUGUCCCAAUUGUUGAAGAACCUAAGGAUGAAUUAGUAAAUAUAAAUACAAAUACUGCAGCAGUUAGUCAAUUAGAAGUAUCUGAUUAUACAAAAACUGAUGCUCCUACUGAUGCUAAUGUUAAUGAUAAUGAUAAUGAUAAUGAUAAUGAUAAUAGUGCUGGUAAUGAUGAUAAUAAAAUACAAGCACCAGCACAAACAGAAGCAGGAACAGAAGAAUUGAAAGUAGAAGAUAAUAAAAAUUUAGUUAAUUUGGAUAGUAAUAGUGAUGCUACUAUUGAAUCGAAUAAUGAUUUACUACCUACUGUUCCUGAAUUUUCAAGUACUCCAAUGGAAAAAGAAGAAUCAAUGGAAACUGAAUCAAUGGAAGUCGACAGUGAAGAACCUGGUCAAGUAUUUCAACAAGACGAACCAAUGGAACAAGAAAGUGGAGAUCAGAUAACAAGUUAAUAAAUAAAUAUACACAUAUAUGUAUAUAUUUAUUUAUAUACAUAUAUUUAUAUAUUUAUAUAAAUAUUCUCAUGACUUAUUAUUUUUUUACCGUGGCUUAAACCCAUUGACAUUUAAAUAAAAAUAAAAUAUAAAAUUUUUGACAUAAAUUUUUCAUAAAACUUAGUACAUAUAUUACUCAUUAUUAUUAUUAUUAUUUUUUAAUGUCAAUUUAAAAGAAUUAUUUAUAAGAACUUAAUUUACUUCUACGUGCCCCUAAAUUUUCAAAUAUUUGUAUUUGUAGUUUUUUUUUUGUUUUUUUCUUUUCUUAAAUUAUUUGUUUGAUGUACGUUGUUUAAUUACUUAAUUUAUGUAAUUAUAUCAAAAUAAAUUUUCUUACAAUUAAUUAAUAAUAUGGACGGUAAUUUAAUUUUUGUUUAUCAGAGAUGCGAUUAAAAUGCUGUGCUGUCAACUGAUCCCAAUAAUUUUGUACCACAAGUGAUCCCUACAAAUUGAUCCCAUCGACAAUUGAUUUUUAUUAACAACUAAUUUAUAUAAUUUAACUUUUUAUAUUUACAAGUGAAUUUUAAUUACUGGUAUCAUAGUAAUUAAUUAUUGUAUGAAUUUGUCAGUGGGAUCAGUUGUCUGGGAUCAAUUAUCGUGAUAACUUGUCGGGAUCAGUUGUCCGGAAACCGAUUAAAAUUAAUAACACUGCCUGAAAAUUUUUUAAAAUCAAUAAAUAAAUAAAAAAUAGUAAAAAAAAAAAAAAA